AUGAACUUAUUAAUCCUUUGCCUACUGUCCGUAUUUGUUGGUGGAGUGUACAGCAUUCAGUGUUACAUUUGUAACUCGAUAACUCAUCCCGAAUGUGAAAAUGAUUAUGAACAAUUUUUACGGAAUUGCCCCGUGAAAUCCUUCGGUGGACGCAAAGCUGUGCCCCCAAUUGGAUGCCGUAAAUACAGACAAACAGCUAAUGGGAUCAGCGGGAGUAUCGCGCACCAUGUCUCAGUGCUCUGA